AUGUCAAAACUCGUUGAUGACGUCAAAUCAGGCCUCAAAGGCAUCCGCGGCGCUGGCGACGCUCUCCGAGGUGAAGUCCUCGACGCAACAGACCAAGCCUUCGACACCAACCCGCAACACCCAGAAACUGUCAAGGACCGCGUCGACAACAGAGCGAUUGCUGAGAAGGGAAAGCAGGAUAUGCACGGCGCUGAUAACAUGAUUGCCCGUCGGGAGUGGGAGCACAAGGGCGUUGAACCGCCUGCGCAUGUUGGAAGAAGAGAGAAUGAGAAGCCGUUGGUGGCACAGACGGAACCUCCUUCUAGAACGGCGGCGCAUGAUAGGCCGAAUGAGGGGUUGAGUAGGGAGCCGGAGAUGGGGCAUUUUGGCAGUAGAGGGACGGAGGGGGGUGUUGUGAAGGAUCCUGAUGCUUAUUUGCCGAGGUAUGCUUAA